UUUGAGUUAAAAAAAAAAAACACGAUAUAAUUAAUAUCUCCACUACGUCAUCUCCUUUCAGCCACGUAUUUUAUCCAAAAUCUCCAACUAGCACGUGUACUCAUGAUCUCCUCCCCUUAAAUCUUUCUCCUCUCAGUCACUCUCUCAAACUUCCAUGUAUUGUAGUAGUUCUUCAUUAUCUUCAACAACAAAAUUUGUUAAAGAAAAAAAAAAUGUCAGGUGGAGUUGGUCCAAGUAGUGACAUUCUUAAAGACGAAAACACUGAACAAAUCAUGAACAAUUCCCAGAAAAAAACACAACAAAAAAACAGAGGAUUUUUCACUUUUCGACAGCUCAACGUCCUCGCCAUCAUAAUCAUCUUUUCUUCAAGUGGUAUGGUGAGUAUUGAAGAUUUCUCCUUCGUUCUAUUCUCCCUAAUUUACAUCUACUUCCUCUCCAAAACUGCCUUUCCCCAAAUCUCUCCUAAAACAGAGCAGCCCCCUGUUUUCGGCGAAAAAAACAGAGUACUAAAUCUUUACGUUUCGAUUGGAGCUCUGGUUGGGUUAUUUCUCCCGAUACUUUAUAUUUUCGAAGGAAUUUACGAGGGAGAUAAAGAAGGUAUCAAAGCAGCAGCUCCACAUGUUUUCUUGCUGGCUAGUCAAGUUUUCAUGGAAGGAUUAACGUUUACCGAUCAAUUUUCGCUGCCUGUAAGAGUUUUUGUUCCGGUUUUUUACAAUUCGAGGAGGAUUUUUACGAUUAUGGAGUGGUUGAAGACUGAAAUAUCGAAAGUGGAUGAAGAAUAUGGAGGGAAUUUGAGGAGGGUGCAUAUGGGUAGAGGAUUAGCUACUGCUAAUAUGGUGUUUUGGUGUUUUAAUUUGUUCUGUUUUUUGUUGCCUGUGUAUCUUCCUAAGGCCUUUAAGAUAUACUACUGUGGCCGCAAAUCAAAAGAUUGAUCAGUGUAUAAUUUUUUGUUUUCAUCUGGCAAAGGAUUCAACUAGUUUUAGUAUGUAUAUAAAUGGAGUUGUAUGUCUCUUUUGAGUCUGUUUGUACACCAGUACUCUUGAGAUUACAAGGGUCUAUCAGAAAAGUGGCAUGUACCUACCACUAUUCGUUAUAUGUAUUUUGUGGCAUUACCUGGAAUAUGUUAAUCGUCAUAUAUAAUAACAUUAAUCAGCUAAA